UUUUUUUAAAUUUUUUUAUAUUUUCUUUUUCUAGAAUGAUUUUAUUUCUUCCUUCCAUUUUUAUUUUUUAUUCUCUUUCAACAAUAAUUUUAGCUAUAUUAAUAUGGAGAUUAUUUAACGGAUUUAAUAAUGCGGGUAAAAUGCCACCUGGUCCUUUUCAUUUUCCACUGAUUGGGAAUUUUGCGAAGCUUGAUUUACGUUAUCCACAUCGUUCUUUUGUUUAUUGGAAACAACGUUAUGGGCCGAUUUAUACAGUUUGGCUACCAACACCUUAUUUGGUCAUUGCUGGACAUAAACAAAUGCAAGAUCUUUUAGUUAACUCUAAUUAUGCUGACAUUUUCUCUGACAGACCAACAUUUUCCUAUAGUUAUGGCGUUUUCAAUAAUUUUUUACCUGACGGAGAUGGAAUUGUUUUAUCAAGACAACAGGUAUGGAAAAAGAACAGAUCUGCAGCAAUGGCAGCCCUUCGAAAAUUGGGUAUGGGACGUUCAGAAAUGGAAAAUCGAAUUAAUGUCCACAAAAAUGCUUUGAUUUUACGACUAACGGAAAUUAUAAAAAAUAAAAAUGGAAUAGUUGUGGAUAUUGCUCAACAAUUCGAUUUUUGUUUUGGAAAUAUAACCCAAAAUUUGCUUUUUGGUAGAUAUUAUACAGAAUAUAAUCAUCCAGAAUUUGUUCACCUUAAGCAAUUAAUUGAUAAUACUAUUAAAGAGGUAGCUACUGUUCAAAUGCUUAUUGUUAAUUCUUGUCCGUGGACUCGCGCAUUAUUCCCAGCUUAUUGGCGAUAUGUUCGUCAAGGAUUUGAACUCCAACGUUUUUUUCUAAAGGAAGUAGAUAUACAUCUUGAUAAAAUAAAAGAAUCUAAACAAUUAAAAGAAUCUGAGAUGGAAGAGCCUGAAUGCUUUAUUGAAGCAUAUCUUCAGGCUGCUAUAGCAGAGGGUCAACAUAUAGAGGACCCGGCAUUACGCCAAACAAUGGGAAUUUGUUCGGGAGAUUUGUGGGCCGCUGGUAUUGAAACUGUGGCUGCUACAAUGACCUGGGCGAUUGUUUAUUUGUUGAAUUAUCCAGAUAUUCAAUUAAAAUUACAAGACGAGAUAGAUAGACAUUUGUGUGAUCAACCUUUUCACUUUAGAGACCAAAAUAAUUUACCUUAUUUACGUGCUUUUGUUGAUGAACUCCAAAGAGUAGCUAAUGUGUUGCCUUUUACUGUCCCACAUUCUGUAAAGUUGGGUGAGUGGAUUAUACCCAAAGACACCACAGUUAUGGUACAACUGGGAGCUGUCCAUUUAGACCCAUCACUAUUCCCACAGCCAGAAGUGUUUCGUCCAGAGCGAUUUUUGGAUUCUGAGGGAAAUUACAAAGGAUCGGAAUUGAUAAAACCUUUUGGAGUUGGAAAAAGUGAAUUUUUGAAUUUAUAA